AUGUCAACCGUAUCCUCUCCCCGUCCGUCAAUAGCGUCUGCUCGAUCCCCAAUUCCAGCCUCGUCUCGUCGUCCAUCAGUGGAGAGCGCAACAUUCACACCUCGAACAGAACCGCCCAAUAAUGCCCUACGACGAAACAGAGCUGCCUUACGGGACUACUAUAACUUGCAUCCAAAUAGAACCGACUCUUCCUCGAGUCAAACAAGGCCGAGAAGCGUUCCACCUACCCCAGAUGGGUCCUCACGGCCAGCAAACCAGAUCUCGAACAGUGAACUCGAUAGCCCCAAUUUCGACCCAGAUGCAUAUGUCUCCCAUCUGCUCGCUACAUCAUCACUAGCUACUAUAUUGCGUGCCGAAAAUUCCCUUGUCAGCGAUAUAAAAACCCUAGAUGGAGAGCGUAAGGCGUUGGUCUAUGACAAUUACUCGAAGCUUAUAAAAGCCGUGGAAACUAUCGGCAAAAUGAGGUCAAUACUAGAGGAGGAAGGGACUCCCGUAUUAAUGACGAAAACUCUAGCUCCUGCUGUUGGGUUUGUCGCGGAGACGGCUAUGGCACUUAUCAGAGAGCAAGAAGAAUCAGGGCCAACCGGGCAGGAGCCGACUCAAACGAAAGAGAAACAGGUCAACAAUGUCAGUGCUGAAAAAGCAACAGUACUUUGGGCGCUAGAUACCCCAAAGAGAUUGAAGCGGUUGCUAGAUGCUGGGAAGAGAACAGAAGCGGAAAGUGAUUGGAGUGAGAUACAGUCACUUCUUUCAAAGUGGGACGGCGUUAAAGGAGUUAAUGAACUUCGCGCGGAAUGCGAAAUACUUAUGGGAGAUGAUGGGGAGACAGAGUAA